GAGGCCUGCUGUGUUUUCAACGGGGAGAGAGUCGAGAAAAAAAAUGGCGUCUGCAGGCGACCCAGAGCGGGAUACCGGCCAUUCAGUUUGAGCUUUCCACCUUCAAACUGAGACCGGGGUUUGGGUCGGGACCGAUCGGGAACCGUCGCCAGACGAUUCCCUCCCCGUUUUUCUCCCUAGUGCGUGGCUCGUUCGGGCACCGAGAUUGAGGCGGAACACAGGAGCCUCUCUCCCACAAUGAGAGGGAGAAGAGGAAGGCCGCCCAAACAAGCAGACGCGAUGCGGGAAGGUUCACCCGGGCCAGUCCGGGGCUCUCGAGGAAGCAGGACGAGAGGGAUGCGUGGACGGGGGAGAGGCAGAGGAAGGGGCCGGGGCCGGGGAGGAGGUGGCGCGACCUGCAGCGUCGGCUCCCUGGAGGUGGACGCGGACAUCUCCGGGCGAGAGAACUUUAAUUCGUCUCGCGGCCGUAAGAAAGUUGGAGCCUCCACCGCGGCGACAUCACGGGGCAGAGGGAGCAGAGGCAGAGGCAGGGGGUCGAGAGGUGGCCGCGGCGGUAAGGGCGGCGUGAGGCGGCCUCAAACCAAGAUAGUCUACGACGACAACAGCGACGAGGAGGACGAAAAUUUAAGUUACCGCUCCGACGAAGACGAACUGAACGACGACCCAUCGUCGGGUCUGGAAGAUGAGGAGGCCCUGGGAAACGACUCCGACUUUCUGGAGGACCUACCGGAUGAUGAGGAUGCCAGCUACUGUACUGAGAGCAGUUUUAGAAGCCACAGCACGCUGGAGAGCACUCCAGGCCGGAAACGGAGUCGGGCUCUUCAACCGCCAUCUCCCAUUCUCGAGGGGAAGGACAUUCCUCCUUUGGAGCUUCCCAAGUCGUCGGAGGACCUCCUGGUUCCUACCUCUCAGCUCCUCAACGUGUCUGCCGUCUACGAAGUUCUGCGCAACUUUGGCACGGUCUUGCGUCUCUCCCCGUUCCGUUUCGAGGACUUCUGCGCGGCCCUGGCCAGCCAAGAACAGUGCACGCUGCUGGCAGAGACCCACAUCUCCUUGCUCAAAGCUAUUCUCCGAGAGGAGGACACUUCCAACACCACGUUUGGUCCCGCGGACGUGAAGGACUCCGUUAAUUCCACUCUGUAUUUUGUGGACGGUAUGACCUGGCCGGAGGCGGUGCGUGCAUACUGCGAGAGCGACUCGGAGUACCGGCACGUUCUGCCUUUCCUGGAGAGUGAGGACUACCCGUACGAACCCUUAAAGAACAAAAUAAAAGUGCUGCAGUUUUUGGUGGACCAGUUCUUGGCGACAAAUCUGGCCCGGGAGGAGCUCAUGUCCGAAGGGGUCGUUGCGUACGACGACCACUGCCGGGUGUGCCAUCGUCUGGGCGACCUCCUGUGCUGCGAGACGUGCUCGGCCGUUUACCACUUGGAGUGCGUGAAACCUCCGCUGCAGGAAGUGCCGGAGGACGAGUGGCAGUGCGAGGUGUGCGUGGCACACAAGGUACCCGGCGUGGCGGACUGCGUCCCCGAAGUGCAAAAGACCAAACCGUGUCUUCGUCAGCUGCCGGUUGGAUAUGACCGACACCACCGUAAAUACUGGUUCCUGAAUCGCAGAGUUGUUAUUGAGGAGGAAGGUGAGCAGGAGGAUAAAACCAUCUGGUACUACAGCACCAAGGUCCAGCUAGCUGAGCUGAUAGAGCGCUGGGAUAAAGAGUUCUGGGAGGCUGACCUCUAUGCCGCCCUGGAGGAGAUAAGGGAUGAGGUGCACGCUCAUAUGGAUAUUACUGAGGAUCUAACGAACAAGGCUCGUGGCAGCAACAAGUGUUUCCUCACUGCUGCAAAUGAGGAGAUCCUGGAGCGACUUCGUGCUAAGAAGGAAGAAGAGCUGGAGGAGGUGAAGAGACGAGCUGCUGAGGAGGCCCAGAGAGCACGGCUGGAGAUGGAGAAGAAGGAGCUGGAGGUGGAGAAGGAAGGUGAGGAAGCCAAGCUCAGUUGUGAGGGGCAACAGGACGGAGGGGUCAAAGAUCAGACAAAGGAAGAACCAGGAACAACAGAAGUGGUCACACAAGAGAAAACAGAUGGUGCCACAUGUGAAGUCUGUGAAGCUGACCAGGAGGACCGCAGCAUCCUAGACAAACCUGCUCCAACAACAUCUGCUCCAAUACAAAGCUCCACUGUAAGCCCAGCUUUGACCACUGUGACUCCAAAGCCCAUAACGUCCACUGUAGAGGGUCGGUCAGAAGGAUGUUCCAGCGUGGAGGUGUCCAACAAAACCGAAGAAAACCCAUCAUCGGUUUCUGUCCCAGUUUGUGGAGAUGGCGUCCCCACCCUGAGCCAUCCCUCUGAGGAGAACAGCAACAGCAGCUUAGGAACCGGUGUCCCACCCAGGGUUCCCGAGCCCCCAGACUUAGCAGACCGGUCCUCUCAGUCGUCUCUGGCGAGCCUCGAUGAUGCAGGGGACAGCAAAGACUCGACCGGUGGGGAAAUGACAAAUCUCAGCAGUAAGAAGUCUUCAGCCACUCGCAUGGUGACCCGGCUAAGAAACCCCGACAGCAAGCUGAGUCAGCUGAAAAACCAGCAGGUUGCAGCUGCUGUUCACGAAGCCAACAGGGGCUUCAAGGAGGGCAAAGAGGUCCUGGUUGUGAAUGCACAAGGCGACAUCACCCGGGUCAGCACACGCAGCAGCAAGGAGGUGGUGAUGAAGGGGACCAUCAGCCAGUAUUUCAAGCUCGGCCAGGAGGGCAAGUACCGCGUCUACCACAACCAGUUCAGCGCCAAUCUUUUGGCCCUCAACAAGCACCAGCACAGAGAGGACCACGACAAGAGGCGACAUCUCUCCCACAAGUUCUGCAUGACGACAGCGGGAGAGUUUAAAUGGAACGGGUCUAUUCACGGCUCUAAGGUUCUGACCAUCUCCACACUGAGACUCACCAUCAUCCAGCUGGAGAACAACGUUCCAGCACCGUUUAUGCACCCCAACUGGGCCUCACACAGGUUAAAUCGCAUGACAUCUAUGGAGCGUGAAGAGAAAGAGAAAGUGAAGAAGAGAGAAAGGAAGCUGGAAGAGGAGGAGACGAUGCAACAGGCAACUUGGGUCAAAUACACAUUUCCAAUCAAGCACCAGGUGUGGAAGCAGAAAGGAGAGGAGUAUCGUGUUACAGGUUACGGAGGCUGGAGUUGGAUCAGUAAGACCUACGUACCACGCUUUGAACCCAAGCUUCCUGGCAACACCAACGCCAACUACCGCAAAGAACUGGAAGAUGCUAAACUGGGCAAGAAAUGUUCCCUGCUGGACUUGAGCCGACGGCCCAGUGUAAUCGCACCAGAGACUCAGGACUGUGCCGCGCCUAACAUCGACGCAAAAGAUCAAAACUCCACAUGUCUCUCUAAGCCAUGUGCUCAAGAGCUGGACUCCACAGAGAAGACUGAGGAAAACAUAAAAAAAGAAACGGAUGGUAAAGAGACUAAGACAGAGUCAUCGUCUGCAGAUGAGUCUCCUUCAAGUAUGGAAGUGGAUUCAAAAGAAAAGCAAGGGUUCAGUGUUGAAGAGAAUAAGGUUUCCCUAAAAGCGGAGCCAAUAGAUGACUCUCUGCGACCGUUCAACUACGAUGUUGUGGAUGUCAGCAAGGGCUUCCUUACUCGCAUCGCCUACAAGAAGAAGGUGAAGGCCUGCAAGCUGGACAGCCUGCUGGAGCGCAGGGUCAAGCAACACCUGAUUGAAGAGAGGCAAAGACAACAGCUUCCUGCAUCCAAACCCCUGGUGUCCACGCCGGUCUCAUCCUACACAGCCUCGUCUUUGGGCACGCCAGUUCGUCCGCGGUCGCCGCUCAGGCCCCACGCUCUCGUUCAGACUCCGUGCACACCGGGAGGAGCCGUGAAAGUGGAGAAAUCCUCCACGAUACCAUCUUCGGGAGAAGCUGGGGGACCAGAGGAAGGAGAGAGUGCAGCCGAGCUCCCCAGCACUCCUCCUUCCCCUGUUUCCGAUUCUACACUCAAAGACAAUUGCAACACGGGUACAGGUGAAAAUUCAGAUUUGCAGCUAAAUCAGACCACAUCCAUGCACCAAGAAACGGAGGAAAGGACUACGGGGCCAAAGGAAACCAGUGCAGAAAGUUUGGGACAAGCGGGUGAAGGUGGGGGGAUUCGGAGCUCCUUGGAGCAACAAACAGUCUGCGUUGCAUCAAAUGUAACCAAGGCUGAACACACUGAAAACACAGACUCUGUAAGGACGCUUUGUAGUACUGCUGACCAAAAAACCAGUCCAAGCACAUCACAUUUUAAACCCAUUGAGCGAAAUGCAGAAAGUGUACGCUGCGUGCAUUCUGACAUGGAGGAAAACGGCUUAGGGCCAGAGGAGAACCGAGACAGCAUGCAGAGCAUUGCACACAAUGGAGCUGUAUCUGAUGGCACUUCCAAGCCAUUUUCUCCUCUGCCUCAGGUAAAUGGUAAUGCUGGUUUGGAAAGUGAAAGCAUAGUGAGUAACUCUGUAAUGAACCAGAACAAUGGCGUGCUCACAGACAGGCCCAAGCUGAACAGCACUGGUAAAGUUGAGGUACAAAAGCUGGCUGUCUCCCUGAAGGACGGCACCCAACAAAAACCAUUAGUGAACGGGGAUUUGACCCCUCUGAAUAACAGAGUCGUGAUUAAAGAAAAAGAUCCACGUUUAGACUCCGAGGUAGAGGAACGGGUAACCAUAUCAGACCAGGACUACAAACCUCCUCUUAAGUUGACGAGACUUGAAAACAACAUUGGCUCGGUUGCAGCGACUACUCUGAGCCCUCUGCAGAACAACAGCACCUCAGCCUUUAAUGCUGUGGAGACCAAACCCACUCCUGUGGUCAAGAUUAUAAGAAUGGCUCCCUCUCCUAUUCCUUCAGCAGAGGAGUCCAGUCUGAGUGACGACUUCACAGAGGAAAACAGUAACAGUGGGUCAACGGAACAAUUUAAGACCAUCGUUACCCAGGUAACCUCCUCCACCACCACCACCACGACAGUCAGUGUGCAGCUGAAAGCAUCCGGAGAGUUGAAACAUCCUGUAGUGACGACGGAGAGCAGCGCAGUCUCUACCCUUUCUACCAUGACCAAAACAACCGUGACCAAAAUGUCUUCCUGCGGACUGGAUAGUCAGUCGGACGACAGCCAGAGUGAAGUAGUGAUGCAGGAACAGAAAACAACACAGUCGGCUUGUAUUUACGAGUCAACAACCGGCACCGGUGGAACAACCACCAUGUCUUGUGUCGCCGUGAGCCAGGAAGACACGUCGUCGACAAGGGGACGAGUGCGACUUCUCAAAUUCUCCCGCACAAAGAAGACGCGCUCCGACACAGCUCUUCCUUCUUACCGCAAGUUUGUCACCAAGAGCAGCCGGAGGAGUAUUUUUGUGCUGCCCCACGAUGACGUGAAGGUGCUGGCAAGGCGAGGCGGGUUCCGAGAGGUACCCGUGUUUAGCUAUAACGCCAAACCUGCUCAGGAUAUCUGGCCGUAUCCGUCACCCAGACCCACAUUCGGCAUCACUUGGAGGUACCGGCUGCAGACGGUGAAGUCUCUGGCUGGCGUGAGCCUCAUGCUGAGACUUUUGUGGGCUUGUCUGAGAUGGGACGACAUGGCCGUGAAACCGUCUGCUGCCGUUGGCACGACACGUACAGCCCUAUCCCCACUCAUUGCUACAGAAACCUCAGAUACCGAAAUCACCACCACCGAGAUCAUCAAGCGACGGGAUGUGGGACCAUACGGCAUUCGCUCUGAAUAUUGCAUUCGCAAAAUCAUCUGCCCUCUGGGAGUUCCCGAGACUCCGAAAGAAACGCACACUCCUCAGAGGAAAGGUCUGCGCUCCAGUGCCUUGCGCCCCAAGAAGCCCGAGCCUGCCAAACAGACGGGCCCAGUGGUGAUAGAAACGUGGAUUCCUGAAGAAGAGCUGGACCUUUGGGAGAUACGAGCUUUCUCCGAAAGGAUGAUUGUGUGCAACCAAGUGAUGAAGUUCAUCCUGGACCGAAUAGACAAAGAUGAGCGGCAGGAGGCCAAGAGGAGAAAGAAGGAAGAGGUCGUGGAGGCCAAGAGGAGGUUGGCUAACGCUAGCAAGCUCUCGGCGCUCCUCUACAAACACAAAGAGAGCCUCAAGAUGGAGAUUCUGAAGAAGCGGGCACUUCUCGACAAAGAGCUGCAGCUAGAGGCUCAGGAGGAGUUGAAGAGAGACCUGCUGCGGAUGCGGCGGGAGAAGGAAAAGGCCCAAGCAGCAGCUCUGCAGGCAGCUCAAGUGGCAGCAGCUGCUGCAGCCCACAGCCACAAACAGCAAACUCUGUUCCACAAACACGGCGCUUCGUCUCAGCACCACCUCGCCGCCAUCGUCUCCUCCACCACGCACAAGAGGAAACGGGAAGAGGAGAGGGAGACGGCGACCGCAGCCAAGUCCAAGAAGAAGAAGAUGAUCUCGACGACGAGUGCAAAGGAGAGCAAGAAGGACACGAAGCUCUACUGCAUCUGCAAGACGCCCUACGACGAGACCAAGUUUUAUAUCGGCUGCGACCUUUGCACUAACUGGUACCACGGAGACUGCGUGGGCAUCACAGAGAAGGAGGCGAAGAAGAUGGACGACUACAUCUGUGUGGAGUGUAAACGGGGCCGGGAGAGCAGCACAGAGGAGCUGUACUGCAUCUGUCAGACCCCAUACGAUGAGUCUCAGUUUUACAUCGGCUGUGAUCGGUGUCAGAACUGGUACCACGGUCGCUGUGUGGGAAUCCUGCAGAGCGAGGCUAACCACAUCGACGAGUACGUGUGCCCGCAGUGUCAGUCCACGGAGGACGCCAUGACGGUCUUCACUCCGCUCACAGACAAGGACCACGAAGGCCUGCGAAGGAUCCUGCGUUCCUUGCAGGCACAUAAAAUGGCAUGGCCAUUCCUGGAGCCAGUGGAUACGAAUGACGCCCCUGAUUAUUACAGGGUAAUCAAGGAACCAAUGGACUUGUCCACCAUGGAGGAGAGGUUACACAAACGGGAGUACAUCAAGCUGACAGAAUUUGUAGCAGACAUGACCAAAAUCUUCGACAACUGCCGAUACUACAAUCCCAGCGACUCGCCCUUUUACCAGUGUGCCGAGGUUCUGGAGAACUUCUUUGUCCAGAAGCUCAAAGGCUUCAAAGCCAGCAGAUUGUGAUGUCAAACUCCAGGGUGCCGGGGUCACUCUUAAAACAAAACUUAAUUUUCUAUCCCUGGAUGUUGGUGGCUGUUUUUACUUGUUUAAAACAGCAUCAAAAACUUUGUAAUAAAGUGCAUAUAAUAGGCCGCACAUUAGGUGUGAGGAUUUUUUAUUAAUAUUAUUAUUAUUAUUAUUUUAAAACCAAACAAAAGGACAAAAAAAGUUUCUACUGUUUUAUAAUUGCAGCCAUGUUGGUAGCAAAAAUGAUUCAAGGAAAAAUGUAUUUUUUUACACUCUCACACUAGCUGACGUUUGAAUUUAGUGCAGGUUGGAUAUGAAGUGAAGCAAAGUUUUGCAUAGCUUGUCGUUCCUUUUCUGUAGCUGUGGUUUUCAGGAAAACAAAAACAAACAAACGCUGUCGAUUUUGGUUGUAAACUCAGAUUUAGGCUUUAUCGACACAUAAUUUAUAUUCUAAUUUGACAGAACUUUCUUGCUAACAUAUUUACCUCAGUUUAACAAAAAAAUUAAAAUAAAAAGCUUUGAACGUUUUUUUUUCUUGUACGUAUGUAUAAUGUUAUGUUCAUAUUCUAUUUUUUUGUGAAGGACUAUUCUUAUGUUCAGAAGAAAAUAAUGAUAGAAAAUGUAAACAUAGAUUGGAGUAAAAAUCUAGUCUAGCUUUCCUGUUUCCUGUUCCAAAUGCGAUAAGCUUGUCUGCCUCCGGGUUCGAAACAUGUUUAAAAAUAAAUAAAAAGUUGUAUAAAUGUUGUUGGACCGACAUCCCAUUUCAGUGACAUUUAACCAACAUGGCUGCUUUGUCUGCAUCAAAAUGUCUGACCCACUGGCAUCCGAUACUUGUUUUUUUUUUUUUUUUUUGUAUGUUUCCAUUAGUUAUAUUUUUGUCAUAUAUUGUAAAGCUUUUAAUAAAAAAAAAAGAAACAACGAAAUUGUUUUCCAACUGUUUUCUUCCUCCUCUUUUUGCCUGUCUCUUUAGGUCUCAUAACAACAAGCUACAGUCAGCAACAUCUUAGGUCCCUUCCUUUAAAAAAAAAGUGUCGUAAAGAGACGCCUCUGAUUUAUUAGGACCUGUUGUGGUGUCGGUUCUCUCUGGAGGAAAGUGGGCCCUCCUGCACACUGGUGUCACACUUCCACCAUCUACCGCCUUCAUUGCACAUUUAAAGAGGGAGAAGAUGGGGACUGAAUAGCCCUUUUUUUAUUUUUACCCCCGAUUCAGACCAGGAACUGGGCAGCUGCUGACUAAUUUUUUUUGUUGUCUGUUUUUGUGGCCAGUCCUACAAAUGUAGCCACUCCAUGAGAAGGAAAAA